AACAAUUUAUGUGUUCACAGCCAGCCUCCCAUUUCUCCUCCCUUCAUCGUAGUGUAGCAUAACAGUGGAGAUCUUUUCCGUCGAGGGAGGACACGGUGUGAAGAGGUGCCUUUCUACACAUUGGUAUUUGGAAUAUAACAGGAGCGCAUUGUUCAAGAAAGCUGAAUCAUUUUUAAGGUGGAUUACAAGCUCGUGUUUAUUUUCUUUAAGUGAGGAUACUUCAUUCUUCUGGAUCUAUUGUUUGUGAUAUGGCAACCCGAAGCCAACUGCACCCUAGAAAUGUAAGAUGGCGUUUAUUUUGUAUAUUGCAAUGGGAAGUGGGCUUUCUUCUCCUGCUCACUUCUAUGGGUAACAGAGUUGCUGGACAGAUUCGUUACUCUAUCCCAGAGGAGAUGAAAACGGGUUCCGUUAUUGGCAGUGUCGCACAAGACCUCGGUCUGGAUCUGAAAAGGCUCCGUUCUGGCCGUGCCCGCAUCGUCAGCGGAGAAAACAUCCAGUACACUGAGCUGAAGACAGACAAAGGGAUUCUGGUCGUGAAUGAGAGAAUAGAUCGUGAACAGCUUUGUGGAGACGUGACGCCGUGUAGCUUCAAUUUCGAAAUGAUCUUAGAAAACCCCAUCGAACUCCAUCGUGUCACGGUCGAAAUUUUAGACAUAAACGACAAUGCUCCUUUCUUUCCAAAUAAAGACAUCCAGUUCGAAAUGAGUGAAUCUGCUACAGCUGGAGCAAAAUUUCCGGUUGAAAGCGCAGUUGACCCUGACGUCGGAUCAAACGCAUUACAAAAUUACAUUCUGUCCCCGAAUGAUUAUUUCAUUCUGAAACAGCAUGCAAAUCCAGACGGCAGUAAAUACGCUGAAUUGGUGCUUCAGAGGCCAUUAGACAGAGAGGAACAUCCCAGUCUCCCUCUGAAAGUAAUCGCUGUAGAUGGUGGAAACCCGCAGAGGUCUGGCACGGUGAAUAUACAUGUAUCAGUUUUAGAUGCAAACGACAAUGCCCCUGUAUUUAACCAGUCAGUUUACAGGGCUGUCGUCGUGGAAAAUGCGGCAAAGGGGACUUACAUUACAACUGUUAACGCUACAGAUGCUGACAGCGGCUCUAAUGGGGAAAUUAUUUUCAAUUUUUCGAAAAUAAAAGGCUUCGCUGUUGAUAUAUUUAGUAUUGAUGAAAACACAGGGGUCAUAUCAGUUGGUGGAAUUAUUGACUUUGAAAAAGAAAAAAAAAUUGAGCUCAGGUUAGAGGCAAGGGAUCGAGGUGGUUUGACUGGGACCAGUAAAGUUAUAAUUGAUGUCAUUGACGUCAACGACAAUGACCCGGUUAUUAAUAUCAUGUCGUUUUCUAAUACUGUAUCAGAAGAUGCCCCACUUGGUUCAACAAUAGCUGUAAUCAAUGUCAAAGACGCUGACUCAGAGAAAAAUGGCCAAAUUAAAUGUACUAUAGACAAAACGCUACCGUUUAAAAUCCAGUCUUCAUUAACAAACUACUAUAAUUUAGUAGCAGAUCAGCAUUUUGACAGAGAGACAACUUCUGAAUAUGUUAUUACAGUAACAGCCACGGAUUCGGGGUCUCCUCCUCUUUCUAGCUCCGUCACAUUACAACUUAGAAUCUCUGACGUAAACGACAACGUUCCGUUGUUCGAGAAAAAGUCGUAUUUUGCCUACGUCACAGAGAAUAAUUCUCCUGGAAUGUCCAUCACCACAGUCAGUGCGCAGGACUUGGACUGGAGUCAAAACGCUAGAAUCUCUUAUUUUCUGGAGGACACGCUAAUCAGCGGUAAUCCAGUUUCUAACUGUUUGUCCAUAAACUCUGAAACUGGCGUUUUAUAUGCGGUGCGUUCGUUUGAUUAUGAGCAAAUUAAAGAACUUCAGCUCAGUGUCAAAGCUCAGGAUGGAGGUUCACCUCCACUCAGUAGUAACGUGACUGUGAAAAUACUGAUCCAGGACCAGAACGACAACCCCCCUCAGGUUCUGUACCCAGUCCAGACUGGUGGCUCUCUGGUGGCUGAACUGGUGCCUCGUUCAGCAGAUGUGGGCUAUCUGGUCACUAAAGUGGUGGCUGUUGAUGUGGACUCUGGACAGAAUGCCUGGCUCUCCUAUAAACUGCAGAAAGCCACAGACAGGGCGCUGUUUGAAGUGGGCUCACAGAAUGGAGAAAUAAGAACUAUCCGCCAAGUCACUGAUAAAGACGCAGUGAAACAAAGACUGAGUGUUAUAGUGGAGGACAACGGGCAGCCCUCUCGUUCAGCUACAGUCGUUGUUAACGUGGCGGUGGCGGACAGCUUCCCUGAAGUGCUGUCGGAGUUCACUGACUUUACGCACGACAAGGAGUACAACGACAACCUGACUUUUUACUUAGUGUUGGCUCUGGCUGUAGUUUCCUUCCUCUUCAUCACGUGUGUAGUGGUUAUUAUCUCAGUGAAAAUCUACAGAUGGAGACAGUCUCGCGUCCUGUAUCACUCCAAUCUCCCUGUGAUUCCAUAUUAUCCACCACGUUACUCAGACACUUUGGGGACAGGGACUCUCCAACACGUGUACAAUUACGAGGUGUGCAGGACGACUGACUCCAGAAAGAGUGACUGUAAGUUCAGCGGAGCUGGUAGUCAGAACGUGCUGAUAAUGGACCCCAGUUCUACAGGGACGAUGCAGCGGAUACAGAGUGAAAAGAGCAUCCUGGAUGAACCAGACUCUCCUCUGGAGGUGAGGCCUGUAACUUAUUGA